AUGACAAUCGAGGAGGAGGAGGAGGAGACAGAGGCAGAGCCCGAGCAGGAGAUGGAUACAUAUAUGGAUCUGCAUGAGGACGGGUACGAUUCAGGACUACGUUUUCAGCAGAAGUAUCUGUUCCCGGUGCCUGAUUUGCCAUCCGAUGACGACGACGAGGACGGUUUGACUCCGCCUCCGCCUCCGGCUUAUACAAUUGCUGGUACUUCCGGUGAUUCUACUCCUGUCCCAAACCCGAGUUGCAGACUUACUUGGCCGGGCCCCGACAACUAUUAUUGUGUUUCACUACUGGAGAGUACGGGGUUGUAUCACUUGCGUUAUUGUUCGCUCUCUCAACACAAUAACCCAUUGAUAGAGGCUUUUAUCGAGAGGUGGCAGCCAGACACCAACAACUUUCAUAUGCCGUUCGAAGAGACGACAAUUACUCUCCACGAUUUGCAUUAUAUCAUGCAUUUGCGAGUUAGUGGACAGCGCCCUAACGUUUGGAUGGAUAAGGCAGAUGCGAUUUAUGCGGGUGUGAGAGCGUUCGGUGUCGAGCCCCCAGUUAUGGAGAAGUGGUAUGGUGGCGGAUCCCGGGUAGAUGAUUCGGAUAUGACGUAUGGCGACAAUUCUUCAUUUGCUUCCAAGUUUCGGGUACGAGCAUAUAUUGCGUACUUGCUCGGAAAGCGGUUGUUUGUCGAUAAGAGUGGAUCGAAGGUGAAAGCAGAUUUUUUCCCACUUUUAGAGCACAUUGAUAUGAUUUCCGAGUAUUCCUGGGGUUUGGCUACAUUGGCCUAUUUGUAUCGACAAUCGACAAUUGGGCAUGAUUACGCGAGCUGA